AUGGUUGAGCCACUAUUUCAAGCUGGAAGAGCCUUGUUCAACCCCCGAAUCUGCAAACCACGUAAUCGAGAACUAGCAUUGUUGGGACUCACUUCUAUUCGAAAGGUCCCGCUUAUUGUUCAUUGUCAUCGUUCUGUUUGUCAGAGCAUUGGCAUCACCACUGAACAGUAUGAGGACGGUCUGGCUGGCAGGUUUCCGCAAGGGCUAAGCGAGGAGGAGAUCAUGGCCUACAAACUAGGACGGGUCUUCACCAAGAUCGAGUCACGAUUAGAUGAUGCGAUCUGGAAAGAGGCAACAGAGAAGAUGACAAAGUCCGAGGCGGCGGGAAUUGCUCACGUGGUUGGAGGAUACCUCUGGAUGACGUUGUUGGCGAACAUCAAUGGAUAG